CGCGAAAUCCUAAAUUUACAUGGCUGGCCAUCUUUUAGGAAGAGAGGAAAACCUCGGACUGUUGUGAAGUGUUUCUGUUAUCAGUUACGUCAAAAUGACGUUGAUUCAUAAAGGAUGAGUUCGUUUAGUCAUGAAAAUGAAUGCACGGAGUCCGAUGCAGUCGUACUGGAGUAAUUCGCUUGCUAUUCGGCAAGAAAUCCAGCGCUUCGAGAGCGUACACCCAAGCAUUUAUGCUAUUUAUGAUCUGAUAGAAGCAAUUCCAGACCCUCUGAUUCAACAACAAAUUCGGGAGCAUGUUGUAUGCAUCGAAGAUUCAUUUGUGAACAGUCAGGAAUGGACUCUAAGUCGAUCAGUUCCAGAUUUGAAACUGGGAAUUUUGGGUAGUGUACAAAGUGGGAAGUCAGCCCUGGUCCACCGGUACCUCACAGGCUCUUACAUGCAAGAGGAGUCGCCCGAAGGUGGACGAUUCAAGAAAGAAGUUAUUAUAGAUGGUCAAAGUUAUUUGCUACUCAUUCGUGAUGAAGGUGGCAGUCCAGAAAUGCAGUUCACGCACUGGGUGGAUGCGGUCAUCUUUGUGUUCAGUCUGGAGAAUGAGAUGAGCUUCCAGGCUGUGCACAGCCACUACGCCAAGAUGCGGCAGUACCGGGACACCAAGGAGAUCCCUUUGAUACUGGUCGGCACACAAGAUGCCAUCAGUGAGAGCAAUCCCCGCAUUAUCGACGACACACGGGCCAGGAAGCUGGCCAACGAUCUCAAGCGGUGUUCCUACUACGAGACCUGUGCCACGUAUGGGCUGAACGUGGAGAGAGUUUUCCAGGACGCCUGUCAGCGGAUAGUGCAGAUGCGGUACCCGAGCGCCCCGUCAGCGGUGCCAGCGGCCGUCCCCUCCCCACCCAACCACUCGCAACGCUCCUUCUACGUCUCUCAGGGCGGUGGUGGGGGCGGCGGGAAGCCCAGCGACACACACAGCAUCAGCAGCCACUCCACCAGCAGCUCCGGCACUCUGGUCACCACUGCUGGACACUCGCAGCCUCCAGCACCACCACCUAAAGACAAAGAAGGCAAGCCAGAGAAAGGUGAGAAGAAGAAAGACAAGCAGCAAGUCCCACCACCGCAGCAACAGCAGCAGCAACAGCAGCAGCAGCAACCUGGGGGCGUCGUCCCUGGCCAGCUGAUGAGCCAGCCGGCGGUCAUCAUCCCAUCAUCGGCCCAGGGCCCGCCCCAGGUGCCCUCCAUGCCCCCACCACAGUCCAUGGUACUGCCACCUCAAGAUCUACCCGACUCACAGGCGUACGAUAGGUUCAACUCUGAGGAGACGGUGACCUGCACUCCGCUUGCCUUGCGCAAAAACAAAAAAACUUCCUCCGUCCAAAAAUCCAAUUCUUUCAGCGAAAAACUAAGCCGCUAUCUCACGGAGCUUCAGGCUCUUCCCACCGGCCACUACAACGUCAUCAACAACAACUCCUCUAAGCCGACCUCGCCUGUUCUGACCCGACUCUCUCGAGUCCGGUCCAGUCUGGCUAUUGAUAAGCCAGAAGGAAAGGACCUGCCUACCCCGAGUUCCACGCCCACUCAGAGCAGGAAAAACCGACGCAGGUCCAAUCUGUUCAACCCCAAAUCUAAGGAAGAAGAGAAGAAACAGACAGCAGAUGGAGAGAAGGUGGGCAGUGGCCGCACAAUUCCCCUCAGACAGGGCUACUUGUACAAAAAGAGUCACGGGCUCAACAAGGAGUGGAAGAAGAAGUAUGUGGCACUCUCUGACGAUGGACGGCUUGUGUACCACUCCAGUCUGCACGACUACAUGGAAGACAGUCAUGCCAAAGAAAUCCCCCUGGUACGGACCACGGUCAAGAUUCCCGGUCAGCGACCUCGCGGGUCACGUGCUGUGUCCACGAGCGGCGCUCCCAACGGGGAGAUGAACAACUCUAUAGAGGGCCAGAUAGACAAUUCACUGGUCAUCCCCAAUUCUUCCAUCACACCAGGUAUUCCCGACCAACCGCGCACCCGACCGGAACGCUCCCCGAUGCUGCCCAAACUAGGCAUCAACAGCUCUAGCCGGGACACGCCCAAUGUGAAGAAGAGACACCGCAGGGCCAAGAGUGGAGGGGUCAAGAACUCCAACCCUGGCGACGGGGACGACUCUGAUGGCUAUGAGUUUGUGAUUGUCUCCCUGGAGAACAAACAGUGGCACUUUGAAGCUCAAAGUGGAGAGGACAGAGAUGGAUGGGUGGAUGCAAUAGAGCAGCAAAUUCUUUCUAGUCUUCAAGCUAAUGAUGCUGGUAAAAAUAAAAAACAAACCAACUCUGACCCUGCCGGCCUCCAAGCAAUCCGGAACACACCGGGCAACAACAUGUGUGCUGAUUGCGGAACCCCAACUCCGGACUGGGCCAGUAUUAAUCUGGGUGCCUUGGUGUGUAUCGAGUGCUCGGGAAUCCACCGCAACUUGGGCACUCACAUAUCCAGAGUUAGGUCCCUUGAUCUCGAUGAAUGGCCCAACGACAUUGUGAAGGUCAUGGUCUCAGUGGGCAAUGCUACAGUGAACAGUGUGUGGGAGGCCAAUACCAAAGGCCGGCCUAAGCCUGCCUCUAGCACUGCAAGGGAGGAAAAAGAAAAGUGGAUUCGGGCAAAGUAUGAAGGAAAAGAAUUUUUACCACCCUUACCAUACAUAGAUAUUCCAGUCAAUCAGCAACUGAUCGAUGCCUUGGUCCGGGAACAUAUCCGAAACAUCAUCAUCAUCCUGGGUCACGCGGAGGCCGAGGACAUCAACGCACCCUACAGCAAGGAUGACGGACGGACAGCCCUUCACAUUGCAGCAGCCCUGGGCAAUGUCGUUUUUGUUCAGUUAUUAUUAUGGUACAAUGCCAAUGUCAAAGUGGUGGAUCACGAGGGUCGCAACGCGCUGUGGUAUGCGCGGAGUUCAGGCUCUUCAGAGUGCACCGAGCUGCUGACGACGAGCGGCUGUCCUGAGCACCCAACGUUACCACGGCGACGCGGCAGUGUUCAGCAGGGCAAGAACGAUGUGUUUGACAAGUUGCCUGCCAGUGUCAUCUGAGCAUGGUGUCUGUGUGGAUGUGUGCAUGUGCGUGUGGCUCAGAUGUGUGGGAGAAUGUAUGUAUGAUUCAGGUGUGUGUGUGUGCGAGUGUGUAUAUAUAUUGUUUGGGUAUCUGUGAGUGGGUGUGUGUUCAUAUGUGCCAGCUCAUACGCCAAGUGUAAGCGUGUGUGUUGGUAGUGCUUUUAUUGUGCAUAUGUAUUCUUAUGAGGAGCGUACCAUAUCACUGAAAUGUAUGACUGAGGAAACAGGAAGGAUGCUUGAUUGUUAUUUUUGAGACGUGAGUUUCAACUGUAUUAAAUUGUAUGUACAGGGUGAUUGCAUUGAAUGCACUGUGUACAUGUUGGUUGCAAUGGAUUGUACACAUGUGUACAUGUUUCUGUAAGGAGAGAAAUCCACUUGUUUGUUGUACAUGUCAUCAGAGAGUUUGUAACGUUAGUGACUCCACCUGUGGGGUAUGCUUGGGCUGGUGGGACACCAAAGGUUAGAGGUCAGUGAUGGGUGAACAGGAGGUUAGAAGUCACCAUUUAUGGAAGAUAAAGCGUUUAAAAAGAACAAUGUAAGCUAUAAUCACCAGCAAGAGAAAUGGUUGGAGACAUGAAAGACUGCAGCCUCCCUGAAUGUGUUAAGAUUCUCAUCAAUGAACAUGUCUUGUUGGGAAUGUGAAAUGGCUCAAUUACACAAAAUCUAUGAAAGCUUCGAGAUGCCCAAGUUCUUGAUUUCACUAUUAGUCUAUCCUCUUCUAACUAGAGCCUUUGGUAAAGCGCCUUAGAUUGUGGAGGAUUGACAAGUGAUACUUAUGACUGGAGCUGCAGACAAAAAGACGCAAAGAAAAUCGGACAUCCACUUCCUUCCCUUUGGUUAUCUGUAAAGCCCCACCUGCAAAGACCUCUCAGUCUUGUACCCCCCACCACACUCCAGCUCCUCUUUUACCAUCACAUCUUCACUACUCUUCCUAGGUAUUUUAAUCUCAAAACGUGUACUGGUCUUCUGACCGUUAUCUCAUGAUGUGUGCUGCAUGCAUAAUUGUUUUGUGUAUAUAUUGAAGAUUUGUGUCUGGACAUAUCAGUGUGUAUGUCCCGAUGGAGACAGGUAACUGGUGGAUGGGAGGAGUGGGCUGAGGAGAGCCUAAUUCUGUUUUUUGCGCUUAGCUGAUUAGAAAGAACUUAUCUGAGAGGGGAAGUUUGUUCAGCUCGUGCAGAAAGAAAAAAAAAUUGACAUUUGAGUAGAUCGAUAGACUGAUUCAGGGGCAAGACUGUAGCCAUAUGUAUACCAAAAAAGGAAAAAGAAAAAUACUGAGUGUGAUCGAAGACC